CCGCACCGCCGCCCGGCGUACAGUGGUGGUAUCCAGGCGGAGUCAUGGACGCUGCCGCACAGAACAACCUGCACCAGCAGUUGCAGGGCCAGCAGCAACAACAGCAGCCGCAGCAGCAACAUCUCUCGCCCAUUACCACGCAAACGUCCACGCCCCCCGUUAUGUCCCCGAUCUCACAUCCGCACGUAGGUCAACUAGAUUUCCGAUUAUUUCUGCAGCACCCGAUACAGCAGAUACCGCAAAAUAAUCUUCAACAAAAUAACGCUCAGAGUCUGCAGCGGGACAAUAUGCCGAGAGGAGGAAAAGAUUCGAAGCCAAGAGGACGGAUGACAGCGUACGCGUUCUUCGUCCAGACAUGUCGUCAGGAGCAUAAAAAGAAGCAUCCCGAGGAAAAGAUCGUCUUCCGGGAAUUCUCCAAAAAGUGUGCAAUGAGGUGGAAGACUAUGUCAGACAUCGAGAAGAAACGUUUCCACGAAAUGGCAGAGAAGGAUAAGAAGAGAUACGACACGGAGAUGCAGAACUAUACGCCGCCUAAGGGAGAAAAUAAGGGCAGGGGCAAGAAACGUAAACACAUCAAGGAUCACAAUGCUCCCAAGAGAUCGCUGUCUGCUUUCUUCUGGUUCUGCAACGACGAACGUGGUAAGGUCAAAAUGCUGAAUCCUGAAUAUGGUGUAGGUGAUAUAGCUAAGGAAUUAGGCAAGAAAUGGUCGGACGCAGAUCCCGAAACCAAAUCCAAAUACGAGGCUAUGGCAGAAAAGGAUAAAGCUCGAUACGAAAGGGAAAUGACCGCGUACAAAAAGAAAAUGCAAAAUGACGGAGCCCCAAUGGUAGGAGGUGCGCAGGCGAACCAAACUACAAUAAAAAGCGACAGCGAAGAAGAAUGGAAGGAUGACGACGAAUAGCGGAUGCACGUCGAAAUUUCUUCAUCUAUCACCCCGUGUCCUUCAUCCUGAAAGCAUACCUCACCUACUGUACGUACCAUUGACCUUAGCGUGAGCGUACUUACACCACCAUCACUAGGAAAACAAAGCAACUAACCACCAAGCAACCUACCAAUCAACCAAGCUCUUCAACAAUCCCCACCAACCAACCUCCUAAUUCUUUCCCCGAUUAUUUACGAUAAUGAUAAAGUAAUCCGCGCUAAUUAUGGUAAUUAUUUUAAAAGGAAAAACUGGUAUGCAUGAGUGGUGCGCGAGCAUGAGCGAGCGAGGAUCAUUGUGUGAGUGAACAUUUGUACUUUAACAUAUUGAUAGUAACGAUGAUGUAAAGCGGCUAGUAGGAUAGCAGAAGAUAAUAAAGAAAAAAGAAAUCAGAACCAUGAAUUAAAAACAAAA